AUGCGCUUCGCCGUCCUCGCCGCGUUCACCCUGGGCUCUCUCCUCGCGGCUGCAUCUCCGCCGUUCUCGCCUGGCUUCAAACCAGACCUUCCCCCUCCUGGUGGAUGGGAACCCGUUCCACGUUCAGAGACGAUAGCUCCAACGGUCCAUCUGGACCGCGCCUCGGUUGAGGGCACAUCCGAUGGCUACACUGACUCGUACCUUGGCAUCCCGUACGCCCAAGCUCCCGUUGGUGAGCUGAGGUUCAGCACCCCAGUUGCAAAUAAACCUUACAAUGGGAAAAUCAAUGCCACGGCGUUCGGGAACAUCUGCCACAACUUCAUUUCUACGCAGCCUCCCCUCCCGACGUGGAUCACCCACGACCAGAUGGAAUACGCGCGGAAGCGCCGGCUACGAUUAGAUUAG